AUGUUUCGUCCAAAUUUUCUAAUCACGAGAAGUGUAAUUAGUUUUAUGAAAACAUUUCAGUACACACAAGUACCUAAUUUAGACCUUAAAGAUAAACGUUUCAAGUACUCACAAAGAAUAGAAGUUCUUGAAAAAAAAAUUCCUGGCCUUUUUUCCAAAAGGUUUAUAAUCAAUUAUUUAGUUGUAACUUUAAACUUUCACAUUCAUUGGUAUCAAGUAAUCACGUUAAUUGCUUCUGAAGCAGGUACUUAA